CUCGCGCCCCUCUUCUUCCGCGUCUCGCCGCCUGCGGCUCGCUUUUCUCACUUCCGCUCUCCUUUCUGUCUUCUCCGCUUCGCUCCCCUCCAAGAAACGAAUCUCUUCUCCUCUUUCUCUCGCUCCCUUCUAUCUCAUCUCGCCCUUUAUCCCAGAUUGGUUGAUGUGAUCAAAGAAUCGCAUCAAGAAUCGAGGGUUAGCUCAUGAGGAAUGCUCUCCCCAGACUCCUCCGUCGCCCCCGCCGAUCUCUCCCCUCCCCACCUCCUCGCAAUGGACGCGAUUCCUCGGAAAAUCCCCCUCUCAAGUGUUUCUUGGUGAGAUGCCAGGCCAUUCUUGCAAUCAGAAGCUGUCAAAGAAUCGAUCAUAUACGCCCAUCGGAUCAUCUACUACGACGGCGGUUUUCUACUGGGUUUACGAGUGUCCACGGCGGGAGGCCAUCGGCGGAGUAUGCGAAGCUGAGGAAGGAGUCACUGGAGAGUCAAUUCGGGAACAUACUCGGAACGUAUGGCUCCAAGACAUGGUUUGCUUACCAACGGUUCGGUCCCUUCUUGGCAUUGUACAGAGCGGCGAUUAUCUCGUUCCAGGUGGCCAAGCUGACCGUAUGGCACUUCUUGCUUCAAGACAUAAAUAAACGUGCUGUUAAGUUUCGAGAGACUUUAAUUCGCUUGGGUCCGUUCUAUAUAAAGCUUGGGCAGGCAUUGAGCACACGACCUGAUAUCUUACCCACUGCCUAUUGCCAAGAGCUGUCAAAGCUACAGGAUCAAAUACCACCAUUUUCUACCCAUGUUGCAAUCAAAUCUAUUGAGUCUCAAUUGGGUGCACCAAUUUCCCAAAUAUUUUCAGAUAUUAGCCCCAAACCUGUUGCGGCAGCAUCAUUGGGGCAAGUUUAUAAAGCUCAUCUACAUUCUGGGGAGCUUGUAGCUGUCAAAGUGCAACGACCUGGUAUGGCAAUCUUGUUGACUCUGGAUGCACUAUUGUUCCAUAUGAUUGGAGGCCAACUGAAGCGAUUUGCAAAGGCUCGCAAAGAUUUAUUGGUAGCAGUGAAUGAGAUGGUUAGACACAUGUUUGAUGAAAUUGAUUAUAUCCUGGAGGCGCAAAAUGCUGAAAGAUUUUCUUCUCUCUAUGCAUCUACUCCAACAACUGGUCAGGGUAAUCCUACAAGAGGUUCAGGCAUCAAGGUUCCAAAGAUAUAUUGGAACUUCACACGUAAUGCUGUGCUUACAAUGGAAUGGAUAGAUGGGAUCAAACUGACAGAUAUUGACCGUAUCGAAGAAGCAUGUUUGAAUCGGAAACAACUAAUUGAUCAGGGGCUUUAUUGCUCACUGCGACAACUUCUUGAAGAGGGAUUCUUUCAUGCUGACCCACAUCCUGGAAACCUUGUUGCUACUAAUGAUGGAUCGCUUGCAUAUUUUGACUUUGGUAUGAUGGGAGACAUUCCUCGCCAUUUCCGUGUAGGACUUAUCCAAGUGCUUGUACACUAUGUUAACCGUGAUUCUUUGGGUUUGGCAAACGACUACCUUUCUCUGGGAUUUAUACCUGAUGGAACGGAUACACAAUUAGUUGCUGAUGCAUUGCAUGCAUCCUUUGGUGAUGGAACCCGACAAUCAAAUGACUUCCAGGGCAUAAUGAACCAGUUAUAUGAUGUCAUGUAUGAGUUCAACUUCUCUCUGCCCCCUGAUUAUGCUCUGGUUAUAAGAGCAUUGGGAUCUCUAGAAGGGACAGCAAAAGCUCUGGAUCCUGAUUUUAAAGUUGUUGAGAGUGCAUACCCUUUUGUCAUAGGGAGGCUUCUCGCAGAUCCAAACCCUGAUAUGAGAAAAAUAUUAAGAGAACUUAUCAUACGUAACAAUGGCUCCAUCCGAUGGAAUCGGCUUGAACGACUGGUAACAGCGAUUUCUGAAGAGUCGUCUGAAUGUGCAAGUGAAGAUGCUAGUGAUUAUACUGCAACAGCUUCAAAUGUCCAAGGAUGGAAAUCCUUUGAUACGCGCUCUGUGGUUUCUGCUACAGAAGAUCUUUUACAUUUUAUCUUGUCAGAGAAGGGUUGGAGGAUUCGGGUAUUUCUUAUUCAGGACAUAAUCAAGGCUGCAGAUGCCUUCCUGCAAGAAGCCUCCUUUCCAUGUAUAUCUAACGAGGAAGAAGCAAGCAAAAUUUCUGAUUCUGAGAGAGAUGAAGUGCUUAAAAGAUUGGUGAAUGGCUUUCAGUCUUUCAAACGAGCUGUAAGUUUGGCACCAGAAGUAUGGACUGCAAUGUUGAUACGCAUGUUUGUGAAACCUGAGGUCCAUAGAUUCCUUUGGGACAUAAUUUCAGCCUUAGCAAUUUAUUUCCGUGAUAAAAUACCAGAAACAUUUUGGCUUUGUAUGUCAAGACUUCUUCACUGGUUGGAGAAGCCAGAUGGAUUGCAAGAUUCAUGAAUUAGUUAGUCCUAUUAAUCAUUCAAUUAUUUCCUAGCUGACACUGUGGAAGAAAAUGUUCAUGACAACCACACCAGAAGUUCCAAAAGUAAAGCAAGUUUUGUAAAA